UGAAGACAUGGGGACGCCUGCGUCCUCUCCCUCGCAGCUGAUUUGGACUCUCCCCUCAUCCUCCAGAAAGCUCCCACACCAUCUCUCUUUUUCCAGCUGAAUAGGCAUCGGAAUGGCCGGCCAAUCGUCACCCGCCUUCCGUGCUCAGCUGGAGCAGCGGACAGCGCAAUUCAUGAAGGGCUACUCUGCCCAUCGACCGCUCAUUCAGAAGGCUCUGAACGCGGCUUUCAUCCUCUACGUACUACAGUCGACCUUCAAAGGUCUAUCUGCACGCCCUGCCCCGCGAUCAUCAGGAGGGAAGGCGGGGAAAGGCAAGGGGAAGGGCAAAGCUGGGGAAGAUGACAGCGGUAAACCACCGCGUGUUGCGGUGGACGCAGUCUUCUAUCAACGUCUGAACUCCAUCCUGAAGAUCGUCAUCCCCAGCAUUCGCUCGAAGGAGGCGUUCCUGCUCUUCAGCCACUCAUGUCUCCUCAUCUUCCGCACCCUCAUCUCCAUAUACGUCGCCGCACUAGAUGGGACCAUCGUCGCAAGCUUAGUACGGCGACAGCCCAAGCUGUUCUUCCUGAACAUCCUCAAGUGGCUUAUGGUCGCCAUACCCGCGACGCUCACGAAUUCCUGGAUCAGCUUCCUGCAGAACAAGCUCGCGAUUGCCUACCGUACGCGGCUAACGAAGGAGGUCAUGGAUCAGUACUUGGGGAACCAGGCACACGAAGGGCCGGAAGGGAAGGUCUACUAUAAGCUAUCCAAUUUGGACGACCGGAUCAAGAACCCAGACCAGAUGAUUACACACGAUAUCCAGCGCUUCUCCAAUCAUCUGUCAACAAUGUAUUCCAACCUGCUCAAGCCCGUGUUAGACGUCAUAAUAUACAAUUACCAGCUAUCCCAGAAUGUUGGCGCUGAAGGCAUGAUUGGCUUGACCGUCAUGGUACAGCUCACAGCAGCCCUGCUUCGCUACCUGACGCCCUCAUUCGGCUCCUAUGCUGCACUUAGCGCCCAACUAGCAGGCUCCUUACGGCAUACGCAUUCUCGGCUGUCCGAGUUCGCGGAAGAAAUCGCAUUCUUCGGCGGAGAAGAGACGGAGAAGAUGCUGGUCGAACGAGAGUACGCUGGCCUGAUCAAGCACGAGAACAAGGUCCUUGACAAGCGAUGGUGGCACGGCGUAGCGGAGGAAGGCAUCAUCAAGUGGCUAUGGGGUAGUUUCGGUCUCGUACUCUGUGCGAUUCCCGUCUUCUUCAAGCUACCGGGUGUUCUCGCCAUAGAUAUGGGCGGUAGGACGAAGUCCUUCAUCACGAAUAGGAGAUUGCUGCUUUCCUCGUCAGACGCCUUCGGUCGAGUAUUGUACUCCUACAAGGACCUUUCCGAGUUGGCGGGUUAUACGGCACGCGUACACGAGCUGCUGACCGUCGCGCAUGAGAUUCGCGAUGGAAAGUAUAAGAAGGCCUUGGUAGCGAGCGCCUUGACAGGCGAGAACGCAGAAAUCCUCAAAGGCCGAGGACAGGUCCUUGAAUCAGAGGAGAUCGAGUUUACCGAUGUCCCUGUUGUCACGCCAAACGGCGACAUCUUGGUCAAGAAACUCAGCUUCCACGUCAAGCCAGGUCAACAUCUGCUCAUCGUCGGCCCCAACGGAUGCGGCAAGUCCUCUCUCUUCCGCAUCCUUGGCGGCCUCUGGCCUGUCUACGGCGGCACCGUCCGUAAGCCUCCUGCAGACCAAUUCAUCCUUAUCCCGCAACGACCAUAUCUUUGCCUCGGCACGCUUCGCGACCAGGUCAUCUAUCCGCAUUCCAAGAAGGACAUGGAGGCGCGGGGGAUCACUGACAACGAUCUCUACAACAUCCUCGCGCAGGUGCAGAUGGAGAGUAUCGUCGAGCGCGAGGGCGGCUGGGAUGCGGCGAAGGAGUGGAGGGAUGCGCUGAGCGGUGGUGAUAAGCAGAAGAUUGCGUGGGCGAGGCUGUUCUAUCACCAUCCGAAGUAUGCAAUCCUCGAUGAGGCGACCUCGUUAGUACCGCUGGAGAUCGAGGCGCUCAUGAUGCAGCGAGCUGCGCAGUUGGGCAUCACCUUGCUGACCGUCUCCCACCGGCCGUCCCUCUGGCAGUACCACAAGAUGAUCCUGCAAUACGACGGGCAAGGUGGAUAUGUCUUCACUAAGCUCGAUGCGGAGAAGCGCUUGGCCUUGCAAGAGGAGAAGCAGUCGCUUGAGACCAGGCUCGCAGAAGUGCCCAAGCUGAAGGCUCGUCUCGCAGAGCUUCGGGCAGUUGCAAGCAGCCGUGCGCCGUCUUCUAUGUAGGUUCUGUAAACCUAGGACUCGUGUAACAAUUUUGUAUACGCAUGAAGGACAGUACAGAUAUUCUUCAAGAUAGGUACGAGAC